AUGGCCUACGCCACACCUCAGUUAACCAGCCCAGCGAGCACCCUAUCGUCUCAGACCACUCAGUACUUCCCAUCGAGGGAUCUCUUCAACCGUGAGAAAGCUGCUCCGUACACUUCCUCGUACUUCCGCCAGCACAGCCUGUGCCCCAACCGCAUCAAUAUCGAAGACGGCCAACUCACGGAGGAGCAAUGGAGCAGGCAUGCGUUCGCCUUGGGGAUACCAUCAAAGGACAUCCGACGGCCUCAUCCAGACGUGAGGAGAUUCGCACAGAGGCUGCAAAGAAAGCCGAGAAUGAGCGAUAGGCAGGUAACGGAGUCGCUGCUGCCGUUGAUCCAAGCCGCAACACAAUCAUCCAAGAAGCUCCAGAUCAAGACCGACACGGCCUUUCACACAGAUGCCGUGCCAAAUGGCAGCCUAGUCGAUCGGCUUUCAAGUCAGAAUGCUGCCUGGAGCAUGCCUCUUCCAGUGCCUAAGCCCAAUAUCACUGUUGGCUUCAGCUCGAAAAAUUUCACGGAACAUGAACUCGAACUCCAGGACGGAAUCAUCUCGAACGCGCAUGGGGAGCCUUGCAAUCUGGCAAACAUCUCGCAGCCCAUCGUCGGAAACAACACAAUCCUCUGGCCCUUUUUCACAGUCGAAGUCCAGAGCAGCUCUUUAGAAGCCGCUCAAAAUGCCGCGGCCGGAUCCGCCUCGACUUGUAACAAUGCCCUUGCUCUCCUCGCCGAGGCGGCACAAGAGCCAUUCAUACAACGCCAUGGGAGGAACCUCUUCUGGGAAUCCCAGAGAGCAGUACAGAGCUUCUCCCUUUCGAUCCACAACGACUCAGAAGGCAACGGCAAGAUGGCAACACUAAAUUUGCACACAUCCCACGGUGGCCUCUCGCAUAGGUGCGCACCCAUCCGAUCGUACUCUCUUUGCAACGAGGACGACGUGGAAUGCCUUUUCUCGAGACUGAGCAGUAUCUUUGUCUGGGCAGAGAAUUGUCACCUGCAACAGAUCUCUACACUCCUUGCGAAUCUCGAUGCCCUGGUCCAGCUGGAUUCUGGCAGAGAACAUCUGUCUGAUGGCUUUCCGAACGCGGACCUAGACGGAGCGACAGGAAUCGGCAGCGCCUUGAACACAGGCCAGAGCAAGUUGGGGGCGAUCAAGAGUGUGCUGGCUCAAGUCAGUCCGAAGUGGAUUCGGAUAUCCUAA